AUGGCCGAUAUCGUGUCCUCAAGUGUGCCGAACGGUGAGAGCAGCAUCAACAGCACUGGGCCGCCGUCGCGGGCUGCAAAAGAACACCCAGCAUCCCGUUACUCAGACACCCAUGAUCGCGCUGUUGAUGAGCCCUUGCUGCCAUCCCUCGCCAGCGUCUCCGCCUCUCUCCACGCGAAAAUCGAGGCGUUCCUCUCCGAGUCUCAUCCCCCGUCUUCCCGCCUCCACCUUGUCCAGCAAAAGACCACCGGCUCUCUUGAAGUGAUCCAGGAGGCCCUGUCCAAGUUUAAGCUCCGUGAGCUGUCCCUCUCCUACAACGGCGGCAAGGAUUGCCUCGUCCUUCUUGUCCUAUUCCUCUCCUGUCUCCACCCUUUGCCAGAGCCUUCCUCUGUGCCCGGCAAUAAAGGUGAACAGCGGGCAUUUGCCAACCCCUCCGACAACUCGCUGCUCACGCAGAAAGAAUUAGAAGUUAAGAAUGAUUCGGAGCCCCCAACCUCUAUUCCCGCCAUAUACGCCCGCCCAUCUCACCCAUUUCCUUCCGUCGAAGCUUUUGUCGACUCCUCCUCUCGCAUCUAUCACCUCUCUCUUACCCGCUACACCCCCACUCCCCAUGUCACUCUCCGCGACACUUUCGCUUCCUAUCUGGAAAAAUACCCUGGAAUAAAAGCUAUUUUUGUUGGCACUCGUCGAACUGAUCCUUACGGCGAGAAUCUGACACCUUUCAAGCGCACCGAUCAAGGAUGGCCAGAUUUUGUGCGUAUACACCCUGUCCUCCAUUGGAAUUACCGUGAUAUCUGGACUUUCAUACGUCACUUGGGCGUAGAAUACUGCUCUUUGUACGACGAAGGCUAUACGAGCUUGGGGGGCACGGACAACACCCGCCCUAACCCCACGUUACGGGUAUCAAGCUCACCAAACGAGAACCCAACCUACCGACCUGCCUAUAACCUGCUUGAAGAUGCACUGGAGAGACUUGGACGUGAUUAA